CUGAAAUGACACUAACAACUGUUAAAGUUGCGGAGUUUGAACCAAUGUCACUGAAAACAGAUGUAGAUGAAGUCGUUCGGAAAAAGACACAAAUAUUCACAAAGUUUAUUCAAUCAGAGCAAAAUGAAUCAUCAAAUCAGGGUUUAACUCAAAGUGAAGUGAGAGUUGUUAAGUUAGGUGACGAACAUAAGACUAGUGUAGACAGUUCUUUGGUUGAGAAGACAAGGCAAUUUACCGAAAGUGUAUCGCCACCAACACUUGCAUAUUAUAAAACCACGAUAAUUGAGAAGAAGGAAAAUGUCGGAGAAACGAUACAGAGCUCCACCGAGUCGCCAGACAGCGGUCUUGUCACUCAAGUCGUGGAAGGUGUCGUGGCCAGCACUCGUUCUCCCAGCCAGAUUAGUGAAGAGGGUUCCUCCGAAGUGAAGUGGACAAAAACUGAGUCUGUAACUAAAACCGCAUUUCCACCAACUACACUCUCAAAGACUUUAUCACUAGAGAAAACUGAAUAUGUCGUGGAAAACGUAGAUCUAGCGGUACAUGAUUCUAAAAUUAAUGAACCAGACAAGUUAGCAAACCCACCUAAAACCAAUAAAGAAGAAAACAUUCAGGAGGACAUAACUGAAUCACGUAAUACAGCUAUUACUGGUGUUGGUAGUGUAGAAACAAUUGUCAGUAAAACAGAUGUCACUACUCCAAUUGACAGUACUGGUAGAGGUUUUGGUAGUUUUUUCUCUAAAACUUUACAAUUUGCAGGAAGUCUCGUGAUUCCUAAAUACAAGAAAGAAAAUAAGGACUCCUCUGUUAUGGACAUCAAAGCAGAGACCGAUACAAAUUCCCCAACACAAGAGGAGGUGAUAAAAACUGAGUAUAAAGAAGCCGGAGGAAUCUUAAAGGGCGCAUCACAAUACACGAAAAUAGAAAAACCUGAAAAUCCUUUAAAAUCAUCAGAAACAAUACAAAAAACUGUUCAUGUUACUGAAGUUGAACCAAUGUCAUCUAAAACCGGUGUAGAUGAAAUCGUUAGAAAAAGUACUAUAACACAAGUAUUCACGGAGUUCAUUCAACCUGAGCAAAAAGAGUUAAUAAAUCAGGGUUUAACUAAAAGAGAAAUAAGAGUUGUUGAGUUAGGUGACGAACAUAGCACUAGUGUAGACAGUUCAUUACAAACAGCACUGCGGUUCAAAGCAAGUGGAGUGGAACUGAAUCCUGAAAUACAGGACGUUGAUGUAUCGACUGACAAUAAAAAUACAUACAGUUUGGUUAAGCAAUCGGCAUUAUCACCAGACACAGGUGUUCAUAUUGAAAAAUAUUUCGUGGGAGACUCAACAGUAACUGUGCAAGAUGAAACUGUUACAACUAAAUAUGACAGACCUACAUAUCUACUUGAAACUACAAUGAAAACUGGUAAGGAAUUAAGAGGGAAGUUAACCGAGCAACUGAACAUCGGAGAAACGUUCAAACAAAAUAUAAUGAAGGGGAACGUUUACGAGCAACGAUCUGGGGAUUCAAUAACGAGUUAUUCCUUGAAAACGGAUUCUCAAGCAUUAAAACAUGACGAAAACCUCAAGGAGACUGGAGACUCGUCAUCUGUUAACAUCACGAAACAGAGAAGUGGUGGAGAAAUAACAGUGACCGAUAUGAGACAAGUUACAUCUAAAAAGUCUGAAAAACAAAUUAAGAACGAGGAAUUAAUGAAAGCACAAGAAAAGGCCUCUGUUGUGGAUAGCACACAAAUAACUUAUAAGUUCGGACUCGACCGAAGUGACAACAUUUCAAUAAAAGUUCCCACAAAUUCUGAGGAGAAAACAGAGAUUACGAUCUCGAAAGGAAGCACUUCAAUAGAACACAAAACAGUUGAAUCAGUUGAAAAUGUAAUAGACGUAAAAACAGACAGCGAGAAGAAUACUGGGUUCUCGCACGCUUAUUUGGUGACAGUAUCCACAUCACGAAGCCAAACUAAUUUAACGUAUGAGGCACUUGACCGAAGUGACAACAUUGCAAUAAAACUUCCUUCGAAUACUGAGGAGAAAAUAGAAAUUACGAACUCGCAGGAAGACUCUUCAACAGAACCUAAAACAGGUGAAUCGGUUGAAAAUGUAGUCGCCGUAAAAACAGACAGCGAAAAGAAAACUGGGUUCUCGCACACUUAUUUGGUGACAAUCUCUACAUCAGGAAGCCAACUAUCCUCCAACAUUCCAGCUUUACAGUCACCGACGACCACCGAUUUGCCAGUUUUCGAAGUCGACGCCGAUCCUUCUCUCCCCUCGAACUCUCCCUUGCCUGCGACUGAAGCGACCAGAACAAUGGAGGAGAAGUUGAGUGCCUUCCUCUCGAUAGAAGAGUUCUUUCAACCUUUCAAGGAUUCCUACGUCCAGGCUAGGCAAUACGGGAGUCAGCAGUCAGAUAAGAGAGAGUGUCUGUACAAGAUCCUGGUGAUUGGGGAGUUGGGCACAGGCAAGACCUCUAUCAUUAAGCGUUAUGUUCACCAGUUCUUCUCCCAGCACUACCGGGCCACCAUCGGGGUCGACUUCGCCCUCAAGGUGCUCAACUGGGACCCCAACACAAUCAUCCGACUGCAGCUCUGGGAUAUUGCAGGCCAGGAGAGGUUCGGGAACAUGACUAGAGUGUACUACAAGGAGGCUGUGGGAGCGUUUAUCGUGUUUGAUGUCACGAGGUCUGCUACUUUCGAUGCCGUCUUAAAGUGGAAGCAGGACCUGGACUCCAAGGUCCAGUUAGCCGACGGAAGCGCCAUUCCCUGUGUCCUUCUUGCUAACAAGUGCGAUCAGCAAAAGGAAGGAAUUGUCAACACACCUGCAAAGAUGGAGGAGUACUGCAAAGAGAACAACUUCUCCGCAUGGUUCGAAACUUCAGCGAAAGAGAACAUCAACAUCGACGAGGCAGCCAAAAGUUUAGUUACACAGAUACUGCAAAAUGACAAAAUGAGUCAAAACGGUAGAGACUCAGCGAAGGAUGGCUCGCAGUUCCCCCUGGAUGGGAAGCAAGAGCAGGACGGAAGUUCGUGUUCCUGUUGAUUCCUGCCAAUGCCUUAUCAAGUGACCUUGACGUUAUCUCGGCCUGACCAGCAAUAUACAGUGUUCAUCAGUCAUCACCAAAACAGCUUUUACCAUCACAAUCAUUACUUAUUAUUUCUUUAACGUUGAACAUGAGAAACAGCUGUUGAAGGUUUCUCUGUGUUGAAAUAUCAGUCAGUUUUAUACUCUUAGGUGUUACUUUAGUUUGUUUUAGAAAUGAACUGAGUCCACAUGACAAGUUCUGGUCUCCUUUUCAUUCCUCCGCUGUCUGACAGCUGGACCAAGAUCGAUGUGAUUAUAUAAAAUCAAAACUUCUUAUUCACUUUAGUUGAAUAGUCUGUUUUAUAUUUAUAGAACAUUAGAGGUAAAAAUAGUAUCUUCUAACAUUAUUUUUCAGUUCUAAUUUAGACUGCUUAUUAAUAUUGUUGGGGCAUAGCAUUGCACCUUUUGAUUUAGUACUUAUAAAUCAAGAUGGUUGUUUCUUACUGUUUUUAGAUCUUAAAUUAAACAGUACUUCUUCAAAAUUGUUCGAAAUACUACAUUUUAAACAAUAUAAAAAAUAUUGUAUUUCGAUUAUAAACAUAUUGUUUGUGUAUGUGACUCAUAAUACGACACCGAAAUGUGCUUUUACAAAGUUGUCAUUUUCAUCAGUUUUAUUUCUCUUCUCACUGUAUUUUGUAGAGUUUCAUUAACAUUUUGGCGCUUGUGUAGUUAGUGUGUUUAGAAUAAAACUGGACUGACUCAACAAAAGGGAAAUUUGUAAAAUUGUCAAAUUCUCGUCCCAGAUUCAGAAGUUGAGCCAAUUCAAAAAAUAUUGUCUCGCUUAAAAAUAUUUUCUUAGAAGUUGUUCAUAUUUAUAAAAUACUCACUGGGAGCAUAAUUUUUACUAUUCACUCUUUUUUCAUGCAGUAUUGGAACUUCACUCAGUGGAUUGACAUGUGUUCAACUAACGAAUAUAACAAAUUUGUGAUGUAAAAAAUUACUUAUUUUUAUAACAUCUGAGAAUUAAGGUUUUAAAUGCAUGCUUAAGGCUUGUUAUCAAAUAAAUUAUUACUGAUAGUAAUAUUCUAGGGAAGUGCUUUGUAAGGAAUUUUAAUAUGUAAAUUUAUACAUUUUUUAAUUCUUUUGCUUUUAAAUAACCUGCGUUUUGAAAAAUUGUGAAGCAUUAUAUCAAUUUUAAAUGUAGAUUGUAUUACGUUUUAGGUUAAUAUUUCAAUAUUUUAAUCUAAGUGUUACUAUCUAGUCAGGGGUUUAUCUGAUUUAACAUUAACUGAGCACUGAAAUAUUUUUAACCAAAUUUUAUUAUUGUUUCUCGGACUUAUUUUUAUUUCACUUGAAUAAGCUAUUGUUCUGACGUUUAUUGUUUAUAAAGGUAUUACAUUGUAAUACCUAUUGUUAUUAAUUUUGUUUACUUUUAUCAUUAAAUUUAUUACUAGUGUUAAUGUUAUACUUUAAAGUUUGUUUUAUAUGAUUUCAAGAUUUUACAAUUUGUAGUUAUUCAGGUUACUUAUUCUUAAUACAUAUAUAUUCAAAUAAUAGUUCAGUUGGUUUUUAUUAAGUAUAUCCAUCAAUUAUAUUAUUAAUUCUUAGAUUAGACUUAGAAGUUAUAAGUUGAGUAAGUUUGACUGAAAUAUUUGAAGUCAAUUUCUCUGCUUUGCAAUCAAUUAUUAUUUGAAUAAUUAAAUAUUCAAUUCAUCAUAGAAACGAUUUAUUGGGAAAAGAAAGUAAUCAAAAAUAGAGUUUAAUCUUUACUAACAUAUUUUGCAUUAAGUACUCAUACAUAUAUACAAUAUAGAGGUACUUUUGAAAAUAGUAUUUAAUUCAGUGUGUAUUUUUAUAUAUUUUUACAACUCUUAGGAUAUUAAAGAUUUGCUUACAAGUCAAAAUGUAUUGUUGCCAUAUCUGUUCUGUAUUUCUUAUAUAAAUGAACUAUGCAUUAUUUUUUUUAAGAACUUCUAACAUAAAAUUAAAUAUUUUAUAUUUACUUAUAGAGCUAUCAUUAUUGUCGGAAUUGUAAGGUAAAAUCUUGUAUUUGCGGACACUUCUCUUAUAUAAAAGAAUAAGCUUUAUAAUGUUGUCUGGAGUUAUGAAUAUUUAAUAUAAUUUAUGCUUAGUUCUUUGUAAUAAAAUAUUUCUGUUUCA